AUGUCAGGCGAGAACCACGAAUGUGCUUGCGGUGCCUUUUUCUUGACACGCGACAAAUUGGGCGAGCACAUUGAAGAACAAUCGCUCGAGAAGUGCCAGACGCACUCGAGAGUCCCCGAUGACAAUGAUCAGGAUUACGACUACAAUGCCGACACUCCUACCAUCGAGGUCACAUUUGGCAAGCCCUGUCCUCGUAUAGGAUGUCCACGGAGGGAAAAGCCAUUCCCAACCCAGCAGAAACUACGACGGCACUUUCAACUACCAAGCGAGUUCAUUAGACAUUGGGAGUGCAACCAUAAGAACGAAGACCGAAGCAGUGCAGAAGCUGUAUACAUGCAAACGAAGUAUGAUGAGCUCGACCGCCUCGUCAAAGAACAGCUCGGAAAAGAACAAUCCCUUGAGAAUAAAAGUAGGAAAAGAUUGUGGGCGGGAGAAGCUUCAGACGUGCCGGCGGUUCAAAGAGUGAAGUUGGUUGAUCCGAACGUGGCAAGUACACAAAGCCCUUUAACAGUUGACAGUACUGGGCAAGCUGCCCCGACUCUGGAUCGGGGCGCUUCAGUUCCCUCCACGCAUCCGAUCACGGAAUUCGCGCCAGUCUCGAACGGCGGGCACGGCACUACUGGUGUUAAUUUGAUCGACUUUGCCAGCAUUACAUACUCCAACCAAGUGCCUGCCCCCCCUAGAAGUAUCGAUGCGCCUCUCUUACGUGUAUUUAGUUCCAGCCCAUACUUUCCAGAGUUCAGUCAAAACACGUGGGGAACAUACGGACCGGGACAUGGGGGUAACAUGCUAUAG